ACAUCACGAAAAGGCAAACGUACAAGAACUACAAAAAUCCCGACUUCCGUUCCUGAUUCUCCUACACAUUCGCAAGGUUCCGAAAAAACUCAAGAUGAGCUACAGGAUUUUUCCGAUGCAAACCAACUCAAUCUUAAAUCUCG